AUGUUACUUAGAAGCUUCUCUACUCCAAUUCUGAGUUCACUAUUACUCUAUAAAUUCAAAGAACCCUCUCUUGAGCUAGAACAUACUCUUAAGCUUCCUAGAACAAUAUCAUUUUUAAGUCUAAGCCAAAACAAGACUAAGAUAGACCUUAAAAACUCAUCAAGUCCUAAGAAAACAAUUUCCUUAGAAAGAAAUGAAGUGAAAGAGGGUAAGAUGGUGCAAACUUCAAUGAUGGGUGGUGGGAUGAAGAAUAAUGGUGGAUGUAAAGGUGGUGGAAGAGGAUCAGAUGGUGGAAAUGGAAGAAGUUGGAAUCUCAAUGAGGAAAAUAAUCAUGGUAGAGAUAUGAUUGAUUCUUAUUACCAAAACAUGAUUGAAACACACCCUUGUGAUGCUCUUUUGCUCGGAAAUUAUGCUAAAUUUUUGAAGGAGGUUUGUGGAGAUUAUACUAAAGCAGAGGAGUAUUUAGAAAGGGCAAUUAUGGCAAAUCCCGGUGAUGGUCAUAUUUUGUCCUUCUAUGGAGAUUUAAUAUGGCAAAUAGAGAAGAAUGCUCCUCAAGCUCAACAAUAUUUUGAUCAAGCUAUUCAAAAGGACCCAAAUGAUUGCUAUGUCCUAGCUUCAUAUGCAAAUUUCCUUUUGGAUGCUGAAAAUGAAGAAGAAAAAGACUAUCAAACUGAAUCUGAUCAGAGCCAUCACUUUCAAGAAACUAAGCAUUUCUCUCAUUUAACUACAGCCUCAUAA